AUGUGGGAAUCAACAGCAGAUGAUGAGCCCCCUGUGGCUAAUUUCACUCCCGAGCUGGACCAGAAAUGGCCGGAACCCGAUGCACCUUCGCCUCCUGUCAAACUAUAUUUUCCUCCUUAUAUUGUCCCACGCUCACCGCUGCGGAGAAAUACUUCAUGUUGGUCAUCUCCAGCGAAUGUUUACGCGGACGAUCACUCAUCGAGGAAUUCACCCAUAGGUGAUCGACUUCUUCAGUCUAUCUUCUUGUUGAUCGACCAAUUUGUGAUUAUUGCAGAACACUCAGCGUGCUGGUCAGCUCCAGAAUGUCUGUGUGACAGCGGUAGUGAAGGAGGCGUCGACGACAACCUGGAGGAGGAGCUCGUACCGAGAUCGUGCUCCUGUCAUGAACUGGACCAUGGCGCCAUCGAGAAGAACCCUUCAUUCCUUGACAGCUAUCCAGUGAUCGACUCCUCACAACAAGUACCGUCACUUUGCUCUAUACGACUUCCGUCCAGUAGCAGCACUACUGCCAAUUCUCCUUCACCCCCAAGGCCUUUGUCCCCAGUACUUGGGAGGCCACCAACUCACUCGAAACCAAUCCCAGGAUCACGUUCGAUGCAACUUCGACCGCGACCGGAAUCAUCUACUUUGUUUGACAACUCUACCUCAGAUGAUGACUCACCUCAGCAAGAUCCUUGGCCCCAGCAAGAGGUUUGGCCGGAAGAGGAUGUGAUGAGUCGCUCUUUGCGAACCGGAUGGACUGUUGCUGAUUCAGCCGUAGGUGUCCAACGACCACAGUCCUCCCGUCCCGUAUCCAGUGGUGCUCAACAUGUGGGAGUCUCCGGCAGCAGAUCCAUGCAUAAUCAACUUCAAUAUGUUCCACUUGAACUCGAGAGCUCUAGCCGCUCUCGGCUCGAUGAGGAUGAAAGGAGAGACUUGAUCACACGAAGUGCGUGGAUUGAUCGAGGAAGCACCGUGCAUCUGCAGGAUUGUGCUGCCGAACGAAUACUGCCUGAAGUGGGGGAGAUGUCAGGAUUCAGAAACGGCACUCGGUGUGAGAGCCAGUCGGACUUCCGCGUCGAUUCUGGGUCUACAGAUUCUAUGAGGCGAUCAUAUACUACUGAGGAACUGAAACGAGAACGACGGCGAUUGCCGAAAAGACCUGAUGUGCAACCAUUCCUCAGUGAACUUCCUUCGUCGUUAGCACUUCAUGGCCAAACUGUAGAAGACCUUGGCGAGCCAGAUCGUCAAGACGAUCUUUCCACAAGAGACUGCGAUACGCUCUACUAUCCACCAGCGGCAGCAUCAACGGAACUUCGACCUUCAAAGUGA